UUAAAAACCGUGUUAAAAAAAAAAAAAUCCCUCCAGAUUUUACUGCCGAGGAUACUUAGCAGGAGGAAGUGACGUAGCUCGGCGUCAGCCUCUUCCGCUCUCUUUUCGUCGAGGCUCAGCUAACGGCCGGCCUGCAAACAUGCAGAUCUUCGUGAAGACGUUGACGGGGAAGACCAUCACCCUCGAGGUGGAGCCCAGCGACACGAUCGAAAAUGUCAAGGCUAAGAUCCAGGACAAGGAAGGAAUUCCCCCUGAUCAGCAGCGUCUGAUCUUCGCUGGCAAACAGCUGGAAGAUGGACGCACACUGUCAGACUACAACAUCCAGAAAGAAUCCACUCUGCAUCUGGUUCUGCGUCUGCGUGGUGGCAUCAUUGAGCCCUCACUGAGACAGCUGGCCCAGAAAUACAACUGCGACAAGAUGAUCUGCCGCAACUGAUCUGACCUUUUCUGAUACAGAUGCUAUGCCCGUCUGCACCCACGUGCUGUCAACUGCCGCAAGAAGAAGUGUGGACACACCAACAACCUUCGCCCCAAGAAGAAGCUGAAGUAGAUGCUUUUCACUCAAUUGGCUCUGUGUGCCAUUUUGUGUUAAAAUAAAUUUAAGAAAAUGA